GGGAAAAGAGAAAGAAAGUUGUGAUAUCCCUGAAGCUCCCCAACCAUGUCGGAGCUGGAGGGAAGACUUUGGAGAGGCUGAGGAUCAAAGACACUGCUGAGAGAUUGGUCUGCACCCAGAGAAAAAUCUAGGCUCAGUUUCGCCUCGCCAUCUGCAGUGGGCCCGUUUCCGUGGCAGACAAGGCCACAUCUGCUUCCUGGAGGCCCUCUGGGCAGAAGCAUGCAGUGGGGCCUCCUGCUGAUCUGGGCCCAGGGGCUGAGGCAGGCUGCCAUCCUGGCUUCAGGAGCUGCAACAGGCAGAAUAAUAACCACAGGGAAUAUUUCUGCAGAGGAAGGAGGCUCUGUCACCUUACAGUGUCACCUUUCCUCCACCACUGCCACAGUGACUCAGGUGGACUGGAAGCAGCAGGACCAAAUGCUGGCCAUUCACCACACUAAAAUGGGAUGGCACAUCUACCCAGACUUCAGGGAGCGGGUGGCCCCCAGCCCCAGCCUGGACCUCACCCUCAAGUCACUGACCACGAACGACACAGGGGAGUACUCCUGCAUCUAUCACACCUUCCCUGAUGGCAUGUACAGAGGGAGACUCUUUCUGGAGGUCCUGCAAAGCUCAGGGGCUGAGCAAGGCGCUGGCUUCCAGAUCCUAUUGCUUGGAGUCCUAUUGCUGGUGGUCACCUGCACAGCGGUCACGGUGGUGGUCGCGUUGACCAGAAAGAGGAAAUUUCUUCGAAUUCGUUCUGCGGGAAGCGGCCUCCGGAGAGUGCCACCUGAACAGGAAGGAUGGGGUCCCAGCGUCCUGUCAUCCCCUGGCAGCUGUGUGCAGGCAGGCGCCGCACCUGCCGGCCUCUGCAGAGAGCCUAGUGGAGAGGACUAUGCUGAGCCACACGACUACUUCAACGUCCUGAGUUACAGAAGCCUUGGGGACAUCAGCUUCCCAGCGGAGACUGGUUAGCUCCUAGAGACCCAGCCGCUGCUCUAUUACAACUGGACGUUUAGGGUCCAUGCUCUCCUCACUGCUGUGUGUGUGUGUGUGUGUGUGUGUGUGUGUGUGUGUUCAGCUGAGUGAAUGAAUGUUGCCUUCUCCUUUGUCUGCAUUUCCUCUACCCUUCCCUUCCACUCUAUCGUGGCAGACCAGGGUGAGCAGCUUGACUUGAUUAUGAAUGCCAUGUUAAAAAAUUUUUGACCUGGUUUUGAAUCUGGAGGUUUGAGCCCGUACUGUGGCUCUGAGCGGUUCAUUCCACCUCCUCAUGUCACUGAGCAAGGGGUCAGGUUAUGGUGUCAUUGUCACACAUUCAAGGCAUUUCAUGAUUAAGGGGUGGGACCAGCUUCUGCGGGGAGGUUCCAGGAUGACUAAACCGUGGUCAUGAGUCUUAACCCUUUAAGAACUUACAGGCAAGGGGGGAGAUCACAGGCACUGGGAGGGUGGCCAGGAGACAAGGACAGGAGACACGGGCCUUGGGGAAGACGUGCCCGUCUCCUCUGGAGCGGGGCGGCCAGGAUGGGCUCGUCUGUGAUGAAGCAGUCUAGGCGGAUGCAGGGAACAGUGAGGCUGGUCUGGUGAGGGCAGGACUUUUGUCCAAAGAACUUGUUUUGUCCAAGGAGCUGAAAGUCCCACAAGGAAGACCCUGGUACCAAGGGAACCAAUGACACUUCAGAUUUUAUCUGGGCAGGUGAUUGCUCAGAGUGUAGCGAUGACUGAUGAAGAGGACUCUGGGCUCUUCCCACCAUGUGCUGGGAAGCUCUGGCUACGGUGCCCACUCACCGUGGGCGGCAUCUUAGCUCUUGGGAAGUGACCCACCUCUGCUCUACCCACCCACCAUUAAGGUUUGAAGAAAUAAUCUGCUUUCCACUAAAAGGAAAACCUGGAUUUUUUAAAUAAGGACUAUUCCUAGGGAAAAAAAAAUAAAAGGAAGGUGGUAGAGAGUUUUAAAAAAUGUAUGCUCCCAAACUAUCUUCUCUGAACCCUUCAAUUCAGCCCUUAAAACACCUUUGUGCUGGGGCCAGGGUGACAUCGGAGCUGUUCAUCUCUGUUUAAGUGGCAUGAGGCUUUACCCUCCAGCUGCCUCUCUUGAGAAAGGCGGAGGGAGGCUGGCUUACAGGUGAGCGAUUUUCUUCUGCGGGCAAGGGAACCGAGAGAGAAUGGGAAGCAAGCUGCCUCUUGCCAACUGUUAAAAUAAAGCAUUGCCCUGCUCCCUGGAAAUUAGGCUGGUUGAGCAAGAAGACAAUUCAAUUCCUACUCCUCCUUGAAUUUUUAUUUUUAUAUUUCUCACUUAUCAACCAAACAGAUCUGUAGUUAGGAGCAAUGAGCUGAAAUCUGUCCAGAGUGCAAGGUUUUUGGAAGAAAGAUAUGUGGAAAACGCUGCUAUUUGCCACGGCAGUACACAGCAUUUUUUCUGGCAAAACUAGUGCAAAUUGGUUGGGAGUAGAACACAAUUCACAGGCAGGAAAUGGACUAAGGUGUAAUGAUGAAAAAAGAGUGGUGUUUUGAUUUGAUGGAGAUGUGUUUUAGGCCGAGGUAGACUGAGAGUUGGGUGUUAUUUGACAUUAUUGUAACUGGGAAACAUUUACAAAUACCAUUUGAAGUUGAUAAAAAUACAAAAGGACCCAUGGAUGCUGUAAGUUGGUCAGGUAACUAAAAUGAGAUUGAAUUCAACAGAAAAUACAUUGUAUAGAGGAAUUCAAUAAACAAAUUUUCCUUGGAGAGCCAGAGGAGACAAAGCGGCAGAAGCUCGGUUCAGGGGGUCAUGCACGGUCCGGUCCAGCCACUGCUCUCCACCGGCAGCUACAAACACAUGAGAUGAGGCUGGUCUGAAUGGAGCUGUGCGCUGCUUGAAGGGUAAUACACACCAGAUUUUGAAGACUUACUAUGAAUAAUAAGAAUGUAAAGUAUCACAUUAGUAACUUAAAAUGUUGGUCACAUGUCAAAAUGAAAAUGUUUUGGAUAUGCUGGGUUAAAUAAAAUAUAUUAUUAAGAUGAA